AUGAGAUUGCUAACAUCUAACAUUCCAAAGAUGGUCGUCAGGCCUACCAUGGGCGCUAGACUUUGUACCCGUAUGACUGCGAGGCCAGCAACGAUGACAAAGUUCCAAACACCAACUCUCGGUAUGAGAUUCUACUCUGAUGCUGCCAAGCAAAGUGAAGCCGCAGAGAAUGCUGAGGGCGCACAGGAAGAGUCCCCUAAAGGGCCCGCGAGUGAGGAGCAAAAGAAGGUCCAGGAGCUGGAGGAGAAACUGGCUGUCAAAGACAAAGAAGCGGCAGAAUACAAGGACCGUUUGCUAAGGUCCGUGGCUGAUUUCAGAAACCUGCAAGAGGUCACGAAGAAGGACAUACAGAAGGCUAAGGAUUACGCUUUACAAAAGUUUGCGAAGGACUUAUUGGACUCGGUCGACAAUUUCGGCCACGCCUUGAACGCCUUUAAACCAGAGUCCACUCAGCAGUCGACCGAGCUCUCUGAGUUGUACACCGGUGUCAAGAUGACUAAAGACAUUUUUGAGAAAACAUUGAAGAAGCACGGCAUCGAGAAAAUUGACCCUAUGGGCGAGACCUUUGACCCCAACAGGCAUGAAGCCACCUUUGAACUCCCUAACCCAGAGAAGCAACCCGGCACUGUUUUCCACGUGCAGCAAGUGGGAUUCACCCUGAACAACAGAGUCAUCAGACCUGCGAAGGUGGGCAUUGUCAAGGACCCUGCCAACUAG